AUGGGAGCCAGACACAAGCAGGCAGGAGCGAGGGAGCCAGGGUUAGUAGGAGUACACGGGAAGGCCAUCAACCAAGGCUGGGGACGAUCUUCCCUGAAGGAAGACUUCCUAGAGCUGGUGACUCUGGCGCCAGAGUCUGGAAGGGCGGGGAGAAUUGCUAGAAAGGACAAGGAGGGCGCGCCACAUGGAGGGCGAGAGUGGACCGUGGAGGGGACGGUAAAGCCUUUGGUACAGGUGGAGAAGGAGCAGCAGCCAAGCUGGACGGACGACCUGCCGCUCUGCCACCUCUCUGGGGUGGGCUCAGCCUCCAACCGUAGCUACUCUGCCGAUGGCAAGGGCACUGAGAGCCACCCGCUGGAGGACAACUGGCUCAAGUUCAGGAGUGAGAACAAUUGCUUCCUGUAUGGGGUCUUCAACGGCUACGAUGGCAACCGGGUGACCAACUUCGUGGCCCAGCGGCUGUCUGCGGAGCUCCUGCUGGGCCAGCUUAACGCCGAGCACGUGGAGGCCGACGUGCGGCGUGUGCUGCUGCAGGCCUUCGAUGUGGUGGAAAGGAGCUUCUUGGAGUCCAUCGACGAUGCUCUGGCUGAGAAGGCGAGCCUCCAGUCCCAGCUGCCAGAGGGUGUCCCCCAGCACCAGCUGCCUCCUCAGUAUCAGAAGAUCCUCGAAAGACUCAAGGUGUUGGAAAGGGAGAUUUCAGGAGGGGCCAUGGCCGUCGUGGCGGUCCUUCUCAACAACAAGCUCUACGUCGCCAACGUAGGUACCAACCGUGCCCUUUUAUGCAAAUCCACGGUAGACGGGCUGCAGGUGACACAGCUGAACGUGGACCACACCACGGAGAACGAGGAUGAGCUCUUCCGCCUCUCACAGCUGGGUUUGGAUGCAGGAAAGAUCAAGCAAGUGGGGGUCAUCUGUGGGCAGGAGAGUACCAGGCGCAUCGGGGAUUACAAGGUCAAAUACAGCUACACUGACAUCGACCUACUCAGCACUGCCAAGUCCAAGCCGAUCAUCGCAGAGCCCGAAAUCCACGGCGCACAGCCCCUGGACGGGGUCACCGGCUUCCUGGUGCUGAUGUCCGAGGGGCUGUACAAGGCCCUGGAGGCCGCCCAUGGGCCCGGGCAGGCCAACCAGGAGAUCGCCGCCAUGAUUGACACCGAGUUCGCCAAACAGACUUCCCUGGACGCAGUGGCCCAGGCUGUGGUGGACCGGGUGAAACGUAUCCACAGUGACACCUUUGCCAGUGGUGGGGAGCGUGCCAAGUUCUGCCCGAGGCACGAGGACAUGACCCUGCUGGUGAGGAACUUCGGCUACCCGCUGGGCGAAAUGAGCCAGCCCGCAGCAUCCCCGGCCCCAGGAGGACGCGUGUGCCCGGUGUCUGUGCCUUACUCGAGCGCCCAGAGCACCAGCAAGACCAGCGUGACCCUCUCCCUCGUCAUGCCCUCGCAGGGCCAGCUGGUCAACGGGGCCCACAGUGCUUCCACCCUGGACGAAGCCACUCCCACCCUCACCAACCAGAGCCCAACCCUGACCUUGCAGUCCACCAACACGCACACUCAGAGCAGCAGCUCCAGCUCGGAUGGGGGGCUCUUCCGCUCCCGGCCCCCCCACUCCCUCCCGCCUGGCGAGGAUGGCCGCGUAGAGCCGUACGUGGACUUUGCUGAGUUUUACCGCCUCUGGAGCGUGGACCAUGGCGAGCAGAGUGUGACGACGGCACCGUAGCCCAGGCCAGGGAGUGCAGCCCUAGCAGGAUCUUGCAUUGGGGACAAGGGGGCCCACCUUUGGGAAAGGAUGGGCUUUUUCCUGCCAGUUACUUAUGCCAUGGGGGCCAGUGGGUGCCCAGUCCUCAGCCUGCACCACACUGUCACCCCCCAGCUCUUGGUGCUGUAACGAAUAUUCUCUCAGAGUGCCAGUGCAGACUGGACCCCUUGGGUAUACCUUGUCACUGCACAGGGGCUGGAGGCCACUCCCUCAGGCAGCCUCAGGCAGGACCGUCGCCAUUUCUCAGGACGAAGGACGUGAGUGUGGGAGCUGGGCCGCCCAGGAAGCCUGCCGUGUGGGGCAGCAUGUGAAGAGGCUCUGCUGUGCCCCUGCAUGUCACAGGCCGAGUGGCCACUGCUUUCUCAAGGCCACUUCCCUCCAGCCGCCAUGUCUCCUGGAAUGGCCUGUGACCACUGAGCAGUUGUUCCCUCCUCCUCCAGCCACCAGGGUGGAACCCCGGUUGGCAUCUGCACUUGUCCCUGGCCUCCGUCCCUGAGCCCGCCCAGGUGGUUUUCAGUGGUAAACACUGGGCAAGGCCAGGGAGGUGUUGGGGACCUGGGAUGGCUGCAGAGGGGCAGGCUGGCCUGGGCCCUGAGUGGAGCCCUCGGUGUGUGCUCUCUGCCUCCUGUUAGCAGAGGGGAAGCAGGCCCAGGAGGUUCCCGACUUGCCCACGUCACCGGUCUGUGGUGAGGCAGAACUUGGACCUUCUGUUGGUCCCCAAAGCUUCUGCGGCCCCCUCCCCAGUUCCUAGCCUCCUGCCCCAUGAGGCCCUGGACAUCUCACCAGGGACCGGCCGCUCUGCCCAGCUUCCAGUGUGCUUGGUCUCUGGAAAGUCAGAAGCCAGUUCCAAGGCCCCGCUCGCUGUGUGGUCCCGGAAUACGGCUCCCUAGGGAGGCACAGCACGAGCCGAGGAAAAGCGCGUCUCGGCACAGUGUCACCCCCUCCACUACGAAGCCAUCUCUGUUCUCCGGGUGAACGGAUUUAAAAUUAGCCACAAAGUCUUGGGAACAAAGGGAUUUCUCUCCCAAGAAUGUCUCAGUGAUGCUGUGUGGUCUCUAGGAAUAGAAGCACUUUUUUACCGCAGUAAAGAAAUGAUAAAUGGGGUGUCAUCCGU